AUGGGUGAAGUCUCAACCCACAAGCGAGAGCGAGAGGGCUCCGACGAGUUAUGGGACUCGCCGGAGGAGAAGCGCGUGCGGUCUGAUCUUUUAUUCUGCAUCUUUGACGAUGACACCGAUGACGGAAGUGAGGAUGGCCUUGCUUUUGUCAUGAAGAGCCUUGAGGAAGAGAUUGGACUACCGUCCCCAAUAGACCCUCAGCAGUCGGAGGUACCCUUCGUCUCCGGCGAUGCACAACAGAAAGAACUAGGAUACCUUCUUGAGGCCUCCGACGACGAGCUUGGCCUACCGCCGACGGUGGCCUCCUCAGAGGAGGGUGGUUCGGAGGUUAAAAAGGUUUGCGGCGACAUGGAUGCCGGAUUUGGCCAGAUCUGGGGCUUGGCUGAUGAAUUGCCGGAGAGCUUCGAAGGCUUUGACUACACUUCCUUUCGUCCUGAUGAGAGUCAAUCUUUUGCUGGCGAAGAUGUGGGCUUUUUAGAAGGAGAGCUGUUCGGUUACACUGAUGUGGUCUACCCGCUGUCCGAUAUUGCCGAGCCAUCGUGGCGGCCAGAGUCCUUGCCAGCAGUUUAG